AUGACGUUUUUCUCAGAGGUGAUGGAGGACAUGCUGGGGCACUUUUCCUGGCAGCUGAUCCAGUUUAGAGAGAAGGUACUAUGGACUGCUAUAACUCUCUUCAUUUUCUUAGUAUGUUGUCAGAUACCACUAUUUGGAAUCAUGUCAUCAGAUUCUGCAGAUCCUUUCUACUGGAUGAGAGUUAUUCUUGCAUCCAACAGAGGAACUUUAAUGGAAUUGGGUAUCUCCCCGAUUGUAACAUCUGGUUUGAUUAUGCAGCUGCUGGCUGGAGCCAAAAUCAUUGAAGUUGGAGACACACCCAAAGACAGAGCUCUGUUCAAUGGAGCCCAGAAACUAUUUGGUAUGAUCAUUACCAUUGGGCAAGCCAUUGUGUAUGUCAUGACGGGCAUGUAUGGGGACCCUGCUGAAAUGGGUGCUGGCAUCUGUCUCCUUAUCAUUAUUCAGUUGUUUGUUGCUGGUUUGAUUGUGCUGCUGUUAGAUGAGCUGCUACAGAAGGGUUACGGCUUGGGGUCUGGUAUUUCCCUCUUUAUUGCCACCAACAUCUGUGAAACCAUUGUCUGGAAGGCCUUUAGUCCCACUACUAUUAACACUGGCAGAGGUACGGAGUUUGAGGGUGCAGUCAUAGCUCUCUUUCAUUUACUGGCCACCAGGACAGACAAAGUCCGAGCUCUAAGGGAGGCUUUCUACCGGCAGAACUUACCCAACCUCAUGAACCUCAUUGCUACAGUUUUUGUAUUUGCCGUUGUCAUAUAUUUUCAGGGAUUUCGUGUUGACUUGCCCAUCAAGUCGGCCCGGUAUCGAGGACAGUACAGUAGCUAUCCCAUCAAGCUCUUCUACACCUCGAACAUUCCCAUUAUUCUCCAGUCGGCCUUAGUGUCAAACCUGUAUGUUAUUUCCCAGAUGCUGUCUGUUCGAUUUAGUGGCAACUUUCUGGUAAAUUUACUAGGACAGUGGGCUGAUGUCAGUGGGGGAGGACCUGCUCGUUCUUACCCAGUGGGAGGCCUUUGUUACUAUCUUUCUCCUCCCGAGUCCAUGGGCGCCAUAUUUGAGGAUCCUGUCCAUGUGGUUGUUUACAUCAUCUUCAUGUUGGGAUCAUGUGCAUUCUUUUCUAAGACGUGGAUAGAGGUGUCUGGUUCCUCAGCCAAAGAUGUUGCUAAACAGCUUAAAGAACAGCAAAUGGUUAUGAGGGGCCACAGAGAUACCUCUAUGGUUCAUGAGCUCAACAGGUACAUCCCCACAGCAGCUGCGUUUGGGGGCUUGUGCAUCGGAGCCCUGUCGGUGUUGGCCGACUUCCUUGGGGCCAUCGGCUCUGGCACUGGGAUUCUGCUCGCAGUCACUAUUAUUUAUCAGUAUUUUGAAAUUUUUGUCAAGGAGCAGGCUGAAGUUGGCGGGAUGGGUGCUUUGUUUUUCUAA